AUGAAUAUUCAAUGUUUUUUUAUUUCAACAAUUAAUUCUAUAUCAUAUAAAUAUGGUAAUAAUCUAACACGUUUAUUUGAUUUAUUAACAUUAGCACAACUUUAUUGUUUAAAUAAACUUCAAGAAAAUAUUUAUGAACAAUUAACAAAUCAUUUUGAUGCUGAGCAAUGGAAUAAAACUGAUCUUUCAAUUGAUAUACGUUAUCAUUUACUAGAAUUAUUUGUUAAAAAGCAACAAAUAAAAUUAAAAGAUAAACAAAAUAAAAUCAAUCAAUUAGAAGAUGUAUGUUUAAAACAAAAAUGUGAAAUUCGACUUUUAAAAAGUCAAGUAGAGAGUAGUUUACAAUGA